CACUUUUCGUGAGCCAGACUAUAAGCCUUGUAAGCAGUAGUUCAAUUUUUAGUACACAUAUUGAGUAGCCCUACUGAUUAUGGACACCAAUCACGCCGCAGUCGAGUCUUUAAUUUCGAGAAACGCAGUAUGUCUAUCUAGAAACCGGUUACUACCACAGCGACUCUAUUAUUAUAGGCAAGGCCUAGUAUACGGUCUAUGAUUACAACUCUGAUAUUUUAUUAUGUAGGUAGUGAUAAGACUGAUAACAGUGCUUUACGCAUGUACAAAGGUAAGAUACCCUCUUGAUAUGUUGGCAACACGUUUUAUUGCUUAAAGCUCUGUUCACUGUACAUUUGUACAUGAUCUAAGAUAUUCUACUUAUAUAAUAACGAUAUAAUUUAUAUCUUUAAUCUAAUUUUGUUUUACUCGUAAAUUUAUUUAUUUAUAUUUGCUAUUAUUAUAUACCUAUAUGACAUUAUAAUUAAAAUCAUAAUUUUUAUACUCUAUAGUAUUAUGUUCCAUUUUUUUAAAAUUACAAAAUAAUAACAUUCAAAACUGUAGCAUUCGUGGGUAUUGGUAACACUGUACUCAAAAUUUUUUAACAUUCGUGUAGGUAAUUUAUUUGAUGAUUAUUAUUUUCCAUCAUAGGUGUUCAAAAAUUUUAGUUUACGUUUACAACAGUUAAGGAGUAUAAAAUAUAAAACAUUUUAUCAGAAAUCUCAAUAAUUGUUUAUGUGUAUCGAUAUACAUCUGUCAUCUAAUAAUUUAUUUUAAUUUGAAACAAAAAAAUAUUAUUGGUUCAAUAUUUCAUCAACUAUGUCAGCGCACGACCAAAUGAGAGCCAUGUUAGAUCAGCUUAUGGGCACUGGCAGAAAUGGUACCUAAUAAAAGUGAACAACUUUCUACAAGGACAUUAUUAUAUUAGUUCAAUGUACUAUUUGCAGGAGAAACAAGUAGAUACCAAGUGCAGUUCAACGAUACAAAAGUCUGUAAGAGUUUCUUAUUGUAUUGCUGUCCGCAUGAUAUAUUAGCAUCUACCGUAAGUAUAACCAUGCUUAUUUUAUCUAUACUUAAAUGAAUCAUUUUAUAUACUUGAAUAUUUGGUCGUUAAUAGGGUUCUUUUUUGUUUAGUUUAAAUGAAAAAUAACGUAAUUUUAAUUAAAUAUAUUAUUUCUUUUUUCUUAUAAAUAAAUUGUUUAAAUCAUAAAUAAAAUAUCUGUAUGUACCUAGGCAUCUAAUUAAUUGAAUAUUAGGAAUAUUUGACAUUCAGUUCAUAGUAUGCUACCCAAAAAUGUUUUAUUUUAUCAAUACUCUACUUCAAAUUCCUUAAUUAGGAGUCUACCUCUUAAUUUUAAUUUUUUAAACCACAUCUCCAUUCCGUGUUAGCACCGACAAAUACAUCAUAAACACUAGUCCAGUGGUUCUUGAAGUGAGUGGUACCGCCCCCCCUAGAAGGCAUUUUAGUCCCUCAAUUGAGCGGUAGGUAUUAAUGGAGCGUUGAGCUUUUAAAUGCAGAAUGAUAAAGCACCAGCGUCCUGUGAUAUUAUUGCAUGUGAAAUCAGAAUAGUUGUGUACAGGUCCGAUUUAGGGUUUAGGGUUGUGGAGCCCAGGACCAAGAUUUCUAUAGUUUAACAUACAAUUCUUGGUAUAAAGAAAAUGAAGACCAAUAAGAAAGAAAAAAGGCUAGUAAGACAAUUACAAACUUAUAGGCUAUAAACAAUUGGGAGGAGGGGACGUUAUUAGCCAGUUGUUCUUGGUGAAGAAGUGCUGAAAUGAAAAAGGUUAAUAACCACUGCACUAGUCCCUUACAUGUUUAUCAUAGUUUUAAUUUUGAUUUAAAUUUGGAUGUUAUUUAAUAACUUCAAGGACUAUAUUCCUUUAGCAAUUUACUAAAUCAAACUAUUCAGUACAUGUACAUGUAUGUAAUUUGUAUCCUAGUCUGUCCAUAUAGUCUGACCAAUAGUUGGUAGCAUACUAAGUGAAUGGUCAAUAUUUAAUUUUAUAAAUAUUACCUAUACUCAUAUAAAAUUAUAAAUUACAAAAUAAUUGUUUAUGCAAUACAAUUUAUAAUUUAAUUUAAAUUCUGUUAUUAACAGUUUACACUUAAUCUCUUACCAAACAAAGCACAAUUGAUAACCAUAGGUUAAAAAAAAAAAAAAAAUUAAUGGAAAAACUGAUGAACUAUAAACUUUUAAACAGAACAAAUUAAAUAGUGCCUACAAAUGAUUGAAUUAAAAUUAUUUUUGAUCAAAUAAUUUAUUUAUAAUUUUUCACACAACAUAUCACAAGAAAUUUAAAAAAAAUUAUAAUUUUAUAGAAAUGUUUCUUGCCUAGGGUGGAGUAGCCACCAAUGGCUACCUUAAGAUUUUGUUUUUAUUAAUGUUUGAUUUAAUUUAAUUAACAAUUUAAAACUAAUCCAUAAAUACAUUUUAAGUUAACCAAUACUUAGUUUAAAUUUUAAAAUUGCUUUCUCUCGUUGUAUGGUCAUCUGUGUUUUCAACUAUUUUUCUUAUAAUUAAUACUACCCAGUAAAUUAAUAUAGUAAUGUAAUGUAGUUACAACCAAAUUCAAUUUGAGUGGCCAUAGAUGGCAACUUCACCCUACCUACUCAUUUUAACAUUUUAAUUGGCAUUACAGUUAAAACAAAUUUGAUUACUCCUAAUGUGUUUCUUAAUUUUCAAAGCAAAAUACUCUUAUUUACAAUUUUGUAUUUAUUUAUAUAUUUUUUAUUAUAACUGCUAUUUUUUUUGAAUAUACCAUACAUUAUAUUACAGUUGAAUCCGCUUAAUGUGGGUUCACGUUGGGACCAGUUACAUUUGCAACAAUAAGCGGUUGUUCAUAACCGAAAUGAAUUUCGUUAUACAUUAGAAUCGAGACCAGAGCAUUAUGCCCAUACUAGGCGGCUGUCCUCAUAAACCGGUAGCCACAUUUAGCGGAAUCCACUGUUUAUAACAAACAUACAUAGGUAUAGAUUACCAGCUUCUGAGGAGGUUACGCUUCUUAGAUUUAAUAAUAAUGCAGUACUUAUAUUAUCAAUUCUUUCUCAAUCAUUACUUAUGUACAAAUAAUCUUUUUAUAUGGACAAAGACAUAGUUUGUCAUCAUUAAUCAAUCAUGUUACACUUACGUACAUUGUAAAUAAUAUAAGAAUAAUAUUCUAGUAACAAUGUUAAAAGAGAGAAAACAAAAUACAUUAUCUGAUUUGUUUAUAAAUUAAUUUUUUUACUGUCUGUCUUUUAAAUGUAAACGUAAAAUUCUGGUUUUAAAUAAAUGUCUAAAAAGCUUUACUUAUAGUUUAAAAAUAAUUGAUGCAGUUUUUAAAAGGGUUAAGGGAUCCUAUAAAAUAACCUUGGAAAUCAAAUCUAUGUAUGUAUAAAUGUAUAUUAUAUUCAUAAAAUACAAUAUUAUUUCUUAAAAAUUGAUGUGAGUAAAUUUCUCCCCUCCCCCAAGUACGUUUUAAAAAAAAAAUACUAUCCAUUUUGUUAUUAUAUUUUAUUUAUUAUUACUUCAUUGUUUUAUACAUUAUACAUUACAAAUUACUAAGUAUUAAUUUGUAUAAUUUAAAAUUGAUCUAAUGAUAAGUUUUAUUCUGAUUUAAUUUUGCCUAGGGUUUUUAUUUAUAAGUGGUAUAUUUUGGGCCAGUAUUACAAUCAUUGAUUAUAACUCCAGUUAUGUAAUGAUCCAGACAUCCAGAUGACUGAGGCUUACACAUUUACGGUUUAUUAUUAUAAAAUGAGUAUUACAAUAUUGGGUCUGUGUCAGUUUAGUAGCCCCACUGUAUUUAUAGUAAUAUUAUUAUUCUUUGAUAAUAAUUUAAUUACAUUUUUUAAUAGGCAAUGUGUGGAAUAAAUUCUCUAAUACAAUACAGGAAUAUAUGGAUGUUAACAGAAAUAUUUUUGCCUGUUUCAUUAUGUACAGCAAUAACAAGUUGAUUCACAUCCUAAAUUCUAAGUAUAUUGACUUCUUAGACAUAAAAAUUAUUUCAAACCCAUACUGGAAUUAAAUGGCUAAAAUCAAAAUUGAUAAUGAACUUUCAGCAAAAAUAAAAAUUAUGCAAGGUGUCAGGCAAUGAUGUAUACUGUUCCCAUUACUAUUAAUUUAAUGAAAAUAAAAAGUUGUUACAUCAAUAUUUUCAGAAAAUUAAACUCUAUAAAGUAGCUAUCUACAAAUUUUUCAAAAAAUAAUAAAAUAAAAAGUUUUUUUUUUAUGGUUUUUAUCAUAACAUAAAAAAAAUAAUUACAAUAUAAAUAUUUGUAAUCCUUAUCAUUAUGAUUAAUACAAAAAUAAAAACAAUUUGAUUAUCUUUAUUAUGUCCAGAGAUAUUACAAUAGGUAUAUUUUCAUGGGACACACUGUAUAUAAUAUUGAAUCAAAAGAGCAAAAUAUGAUUAUUGUGAUGUGACUCUGGCAUCAAAUAUAAGUUGUACUGUAUGUUUUUAUCUGUAACAUAUUUUUUGAAAAUUAAUCUUCUCUGCAUACUUGAAAAUGGUCGGGUUGUUCAUAAAUAAAUCUUGUGCUCCUAUAGAAAACCACAAAUAACGCAAAUUGCAUAAAAUCCCUUUUUGCUUCAUGCUCAUAGAAGGUAGGUAAUUUAAUAAAUAACGAAUGUCUAUACUUUUAGCAAUACUUUCAUAGCUACAUAGAUAAUAUAUGAAUCACAAUUUCAAAUGUAUUGGGUUUAAUUUUGAUAUGUAAGCAAAGUACUAAAAAUCACCAAAAAAAAAAAAAAAAUCAACAACCCAAUCAGAUACUUUAAACACCCAGUCACAUUUAGUUAACCAGCUAAUAUUGACUGGUAAGCAUAAUCAGCACUAGGCAUGUGCCGAUAUAUAUCAAUUAAUCGAUAUAAUUAAGAAAUAAUAUAUGUAUCAAUAUAUCUUCAAAAUACCAUGAGUGUAUGAUUUGCUUCUUCAUAAUGUAUAUCGAUUAAUCUCAAUAAUCAAUUAUAUUUUAACAUGAUCAACUAUUGAAUCUAACAAAUAACUAUUGCACAGUUCUAACCAGCACAUAAGGGUUAUAAUAGACAUAGAAGUUGUAAUACUGGUUUUUCCUUUUUAUGAACCGUUAAAUACCAAUCGGUGCAUAACCUAUGAUUGUGGUACCAGCCUUUAUAGUUUGUAAUAAAUAUCAUGUUAAUUUAAUUACUUAUUUAUACAAGUUUUGACUAAUCAAAUAAAUUAAGUAAAAAUUAAAACCAUUGUUUUUUUUUUAAAUUAUACCUAUUAAUAUUGUAUUAUGUACUUUAUAAUAUAUAGAUAUCCGUAAAAUUUAAAUAAAAUAAUUUAAAUAUUUAGAUAUUCAGUAAUAAAUAAUGAUAAAAAUAUGUUUUUUCAAAUAUUUGAAUUAAAUUGUAUUAGGUAAUGUGAGAGAUGAUUAUAAUAUGAUAAAUGUGCUUGAUUUUAAACAAAUUUGUUACACUCCUGACAAUUUUGACGGUUUUUUCAUAAGUAUUAUUAUUAUUAAUCAGUUUAAACCUUUCUGUAACGACCAAUUUUAUCUAAAUACGAGUUAUAAAUAAUAACCAACAUGUAUGUAGUAUUAUCAAAGUCGGAAAAAUCGUCUUUUAUUGUGAGUAUUUAUAUAUAUUAUUAGUUCAUUUAUAUUAUAUUCAUUAUCAUAUAAUUAUUAUAUUUUUGUAGUAUUAUUAGUAUUAGUAUUUAUGUAUUAGUUAAAUUUACAUAUUUUUAUAUACAUACUAAUUUUUAUAAAAAUCAAAUUUGUCAUAAUUAACACAAUACUUCAAGAAAACCGUGAGUAAACAAUUCAUAGGUCUUUUUUAUUAUGUAAACGUCGUCAAUAUUCGGAAAAAAUUAAACAAAUGAAAUUGUAAACUACUAAUGUAGCUAUCUUAAUAAUAAAAAGAAUACUUUAAUUUUAUAAUUUUAAUUAACAUUAAUUGUAUGUAUAAUUUCUCAAAUUAAAAAUAACGAGAAUCUAUCAAAAAAAAAAUUACAUUUAUUAAACCUUAGAUUAUAUUUUAAGUUUUUAUUUGGUUCAUUCCAUAAAUAAUAACAUUUUAAAAUGAAUUAACUGACAAUAAAAUAAGAAUUAUAUUGCUUUAUGUUUAAAGACUUUUAUUAUGUUUAUAUUAGUUAUCUAUAUUUAUAACCUUAAAUUUUUAGUAUAUAAUUCUAAAAUGUAAUAAUUACUGUGAAGCAGAUACUCAAUAAACACGUUUCUAUAAUUUUAAAAGGGGUAUAUCAAAUUUGUUUAUUCCAUUUAUUAUCUAAUUGUAAAUUCAAAUUUGAUUUUUAAUAUCUGCUUCUGUGUAAUAAAAAUUAUAUAAAUUUAUAUUGAAACAUUUAUACUGUAUGGAUAGAUUUUUGUUAGUAAAAUAUUUAAAUUUCAAUUAGACAUACCUUAUAACAUAUACAGUUAAUUUGCUUAAGGGAAAAAAAAAAGAAAAAAUUAUUGAAUUUGAUUAUGAUUCUUCUUUUGCGUUUUUUUUUAUUAUUAUUUAUUUUUAUUUUUUUUAAAAAAAAAAGUUAGAUUUAGGGAAAAUUUUCUUUAACUUCUUUAUUGUUCAUUAUUCUUAAAAAGAACUAAACUACGAAGCAUACAAAGAUAUCUACAAACCUUUUGUGAGUAGUGAAUAAUUAUUUCUAAGUUACCAAUAUUGGUAUCAUACCUACCAAAAUAAUUCUGAAAAAAUAGCUUCAGCGAAGACAGUACGUACAUCAACUCAGUUAAUUUACGUCUAUUUGAAUGCGAUGUUUUACUCUUAAUCCUGAUUAUUGUCACCCUCUCUAGGAAUAGUCAAAAACGAAUUGUGUUUUGAUUCGUUUCAAGACAAUGAUACAAAGAUGGGGAAGAUGUUCGCCAUCAAUGCGUCAAUGUGGGUGAGCAAAUUGUAAAUGGUCGUCUGUCUGUAAGUCAAACAAUUUUGAGACAACGACAGAACUAUCUGUUACAAUACAUUAAUUAUAUUUUCAUGCUUAAUGUUAUGUUAUAUUAUUUAUAUUUAUUUAACAUAAUUCAUUCAGGCCAUUUACCUUCUUAGAGUGAGCAAGUGUAAGUUUUGAGGUUGUUAAGUACUCGCUACGUAAGUCAUCAAUUAAUAUAACAUUUUCCCUGUAUUAUGUGUAUACAUUCAUUUUUCCAGGUUAACCUGAUGUUGUUCCAUGUAAAUCCUGAAUUCCUCAAUUUGUUUGAAAUACUUUAUAAACUUAAGUUAUUUAUUAUUUCAGCGCAUGGACAUUGGUGAGUGUCCAAAAAUACACGAUAAUGCACUAAGAGCAGAUUUUGAAAAAGCCCAACAAAAGUUUGACCACUAUUAUGAUGUUGACGUAAGUUUUAUACAAUUUUGCAUUUUAGAUUCUGAGCAAGAAUGUAUUGGUUUUAUAAUAUAUUUUUUUUUUUUCAAGUAUAUCACUUUUUCUAAAAAAAAAUCUGACUGGGGAGGUAUGUUUUUGAUUUUCCCUGGGAUUUUCAUAAUAAAUUGAAAAACUGAGUGUAUUAUUUUAAAAUCUUAAUUACUACGACCUUUCAAAACAUGUGUAACCAAACUUUGCUUAAAAUCGUUUUUCAUUUGUAAAGAUUGAUCAUUGUUUACAGGUAUAUAUUAAAUUCUCCUUUAUAUCCUAUCUUCCCAACUUCUCACCUACAACAGUGGCUCAUCCGUCCUACAAAGUAUAUUUUUUUAAUUGAAUCGUGAUACUGAUAAUAAUUGUUUGUAAUAUUUUUUAUUUCUAAAAGCCCUUCCUUUUUUAUAUGCAUAUAUUAUUAUAAUAUAAUGUAUUCACUUAUAUAUACUUUGUUUCAAUAGGCUACUGAACAUUUACAAGCAUUUAUUAGUGACUGUGACCGGAGGACAGAAUCAGCCCGUAAAAGAUUACUUGAAACUCAGGAAGAACUUACUGCUGAAGUAGCUGAAAAAGCAAAUGCUGUUCAUGAAUUAGCUGAAAAAAUAGGACAAACAUUGGCUAAAGCUGAAGAACUAGGUGCCCAGGGUUUGGUGGAUGACAGUCUUAAAUUAAUGGGAGAAGUAUGUUUAUAUUACUUUUAUUAAUUAUUAAUAAUAAAUGUUUUAAAAUAAAUUAAUAAAAAUUAAGAUCGAAGAACUACGUAAGAAGAAAUCCGAAGCGGAAGAUACUUACAGGAAUUCAAUGCCCGUAAGCAGUUAUCAACAGCAAAAAUUAAGAGUGUGUGAUGUAUGUUCAGCUUAUUUAGGUAUUCAUGAUAAUGAUAGAAGAUUAGCUGAUCACUUUGGUGGAAAAUUGCAUCUAGGAUUUAUUAAAAUAAGAGAAAAACUAACUGAACUCGAAGUAAGAUUAAUCAUUUUUACUAACACAAACAUAGUAUCUAAAAAAAGUGUGUAUUAUACAGAAAAACUAUGAAGAAAGACACGAAGCUCGUCGUAAAUUUGAUGAACAAGAACGUUUUAAAAAGGAAGAUAAAAGAAGUCAUAGAUCAAGAAGUACAGAUCGAAGUGAUCGUCACCGACGAUCUAGGUUAAUAUUUUUAAUUUAUUUUGCUCAUAACAUAAAUAUGACGGUUUUUACAUAUAUGUUAACAGAUCACGCAGUCGUCAUAGUAGACAUCGUUCACGUAGUCGUAGUCGAAGUCAUAAACGGGAUAGAAGAGAUAGAGAUAGACGUCGCUACUGAUAAUAAAUUGUAUUACUAUUUCACUGACAUAAUAAUUUUUUUUAAACAUAUUUUUUGUGUUUUAAAAAGUAAAAUUAUAAACUUGUAAUAUUAUAUUCCAAGGUAGUAAAACAAAUGUAAAACUGUUCAAAAAUAUAAUGUGUAUAUGUAAUAAAUUUUCACACUGUGAUUUUAUUUUGUCUCCAUAAAUGCGGAAAUCAAUUAUUAUUUACUAUGACAAUUAAAAAUGUUAUUAUUUAAUAAAGGGAAUUAAUUAAUAUUAAUCAUUUAUUUUGUAAUCUAUUAUAUAAAACUUAAAAACUUAUCAAUGUAUAUUAAAUAUAAGAAUAUAAUUAUAUACGAUGCAAGUAAAAAAAAAAUACAAUAAAAAUUUUAUUUUCAUUUUACAAAAAUAUGCAAUAUUUAAUUUUCAAGUGGUGUUAAUUAAAAUAACAAAAACUAAAAUACAUUGUUCGAUAAAAAUCUCAUGGUCCCUAACAACAAUUAAUUAAAAAUAAUAUUUUUCCAAAUAACUUCCAAUUAGAGACCUGAGUAGUUAAGAGUUUGAUCGAAUUAUAACUUUGGCACCAUAAAAUAAGUAGUCUAAAUAAAAUAUUAUUUAUAUAUACAUAUAUAUGAAUACAUACAUAUGUGUGUGUGUGUGUGUGUGUGAGUAUGAAUAAAUAUUAAGUAAUCAUUCAAUAUUAAUGAAUAUUACAAUAAUAAUAAUAAUAGUAGUAAUACAAAUGAAUAAAUUGAUUUGGCAUAUUAAAAUUAAAAUUAUUCAUAUUAUAUAUGUAUAUAUAAAUAUAUAAAAAAAAAAUUAUUGAAAUAAACAUAUUAAAUGUAUACCAUAUUUUGUAAGCAAUUUAAAUUUAGUUGUUAUAAAUGUAUAACUGAUAAUGAAAUUCCCUGUAAAUCAGUUGUCCUUCCAGUCUUUUUUUAUCUCAAAUACCCAUUCCCAUUUUAAAUGUUCAUUUUUAUCAUCAUCAGUAAAUAAAGAAUGAACUGUGUAUGAACCGCGUGCCAUCAAACCACUAGGAGCGUCUUCAGCUGGUGUUGUAUAACUCUGUAUUUCCAUUUUUGGUGGGUAUGAUCCCACCAUAUGGGUCAUUUUAUCCACUAAAACAAACAACAAAAUAAUAUGAUUUAAAACAAAGGAAUGAUUUUUAAAUUAUUACUUAUUUACCUUGAAC